AUGGCUGUGGAGCUUCUCACUCAGGCCGACGGCUAUGGCAUCAUCAUCGGUCUUUCGGUGCUGUUCUGCCUCAUUAUCAUUGCCGCAGUGCGCAUACAGAAGAGGUAUCUUUCCGAGGACAGCGAUCAGUCGGAGAUGUUCAUGGUCGCCAACCGUUCGGUUGGGACUGGAUUGACGGCCUCGGCGGUCUUCUCGAGUUGGAUGUGGAUCAACGAGAGUGUCUUUUCAGCUGCAUAUACCUACAAAUGGGGGGUUGCCCUUCCUAUAUGGUGGGCCAGUGGACUAUCCUUUCAGAUUGCACUCAUGGCGGUGCUGGGCAUCGUAGCAAAGCUACGUGUCCCCUAUGCGCAUACCUCGCUCGAGAUCAUCAAGAGGAGAUACGGGAAAUAUGCGCACUGGCUUUUCAUCCUGCUCAACCUGGUCAACAACGUCUUUGGCUGCGGCAGUAUGAUCCUUGCAGGAGCCCAACUGGUGACUGGAAUGACUGGGAUGCAUGUCGUCGCUGCGUGUAUCCUGCUCCCAGCAGGAGUCGUCACCUAUACAGCAGUAGGUGGAAUCAAGGCAACAUUUCUCACUGAUUAUGUCCACACGCUUAUCGCCCUGAUCCUCUUGAUCUACUUCUCCCUCGCUGUCUUGACGAACGAACACAUUGGCGGCAUCUCGGGUCUAUACGACAAAGUCAAAGCCACGAACGACUAUAUUCCUGGCAACUACAAAGGCUCGCUUUUGACCAUGAAGUCCAAGAGCUCACUUCUUUUUGGACUCGUGUUGAAAUUUGGAAAUCUUGCUCUGGUGCUCAUGGACACGGCCUUCUGGCAGAAAUCAUUCGCUUCUGAAGUUAACUCGACAGUUCCCGCAUACGACCUUGUGUCUGUGGUUAUCCUCGCCAUACCUUGGUGCACCGGCACCAUUAUCGGCCUGAGUGCCCGAGCUAUCGAAAAGACUCCAAUCUGGUUCGACUACCCCAAUACCUUGACAGUCACUCAAGUGAACUCUGGCCUCGUGAUGCCGUACGUGCUGAGGUCGCUGCUUGGCACUGGAGCCACUUGCGGCCUGCUUGUGCUCGUUUUCAUGGCCAUCACCAGCACCGUCUCUUCAUCCAUGAUAGCUGUCAGCAGUAUCAUCUCUCUCGAUUUCUUCCGCACCUACGUCGACCCACAUGCGUCCGACCGCAAGACUCUCAAGGUGAGCCACUGGGGGGUCGUCUUCCACGGCUGUUUUAUGGCCGGCUUUGCCAUCAUGCUCGAGUACGCGGGAGCAACGAACAACUGGUCCACAUACUUCCGACCCAUCGUGGCGUGUCCUGGCAUCUUGCCCAUGAUCUUGACGCUCCUCUGGUCGAGACAAACGAAGCUGGCGGCUAUCCUCAGUCCCAUCCUCGGGCUUAUGUCUGGUGUUGCGACUUGGCUUUCCCUGUCAUGGGCGUGGUCUGGCGCAAUCAACAUUCAAACGACGCAGGAUCAGGUACCGGGGCUCUACGCUGCGAUCGUGUCGUUCUUCUCGCCUGCGCUCUAUUCUGUCAUCGUCUCGCUGGCCUGGCCGAGCCAAUUCGACUGGCGCGAGUUCCUCAGGAUCGACCUUAUCGAAGACAAGAGCCAACCCAGCAGCUCUCUGCAGUCCACACUACCGAGCAGCGAGGCCGUCAACGAGACGCCCAAGACCGCGAACAGCUCCGACGAAGAAGCCUACAAGAAAGAGACAUAUCUCACAAGUGGAAAGGAGACCGGUGCACUACCCAGUCCGACAAAACGCCGUCAAGGGAACGCCCAAGUUCCCUUGGACGAGGUGGUCCACCCUUUCGACGCGCAGACGAUCCGGCACAUCAAGAAGUGGUUCAAGAUCGCCAGCGUCUACUUUGUCGUCAACGUCCUGGUCACCAUCGUCCUCUGGCCUCUGCCGCUGUACCGCGACUACAUCUUCACCAAGAGCUUCUGGGGCGGCUGGGUCACCAUGGCCAUCAUCUGGCAUUUCGGCGCCAUGGCCCUUGUCAUCGUGUACCCGUUCUAUGACGGGCGACAUGAGAUUGCCCGGGCGGUGCGUGGGAUGAUGAAGGAGGUGAAGGGGUUGAAGUGGAGGAGAUGA